CGCUGCCGCCGUCCUCCUGGCAGCGCGGGCGGGUCGGAUCGCCCAGGCAGCCGGCGCCUGGUGAUGGGAAGCGGCGCGGCCGGCGAUCCAGGCAGUGGCAAAGUUUCCCAGACGUGCGUAUCGGGGCGCACGCCUCCCGGCCACCCGUGACCGUUCUGGGAAGCCCUUAGGGAUUUUUUUUUUAAUUGGAAAAGAAAAAAAAAAAAAGAAAGAAAAUCCACCUCAUUUUCUUUGUCAAGUGUUCGCGGUCCGGGUGGCCAGCGGCGGAGCUGCAAACUUGGGCACGGCGGCUCCAUAGCCAAUAGACCCGGCUUUGGAGAAGCUCUGGACUCGGGCGCUGGGGUACCCAGCGGCCCAGGCGUGCAAAGGGUGUGUGUGUGUGUGUGUGUGUGUGUGUAAGACAGAGAAAGUGUGUGUGUGUGCGUGUGUGUGUGUGAGCGCCGGUGAGUCCGGGGCGCACAACGAGGAGGGGGGCCCCGGAGCUCUAUAUGGAGAAGAGAGCCCAGAAUGGUGUGCACCAGGAAGACCAAAACUUUGGUGUCCACUUGCGUGAUCCUGAGCGGCAUGACCAACAUCAUAUGCUUGCUCUACGUGGGCUGGGUCACCAACUACAUCGCCAGCGUGUAUGUGCGGGGGCAGGAGCCGGCGCCCGACAAGAAGCUGGAGGAAGACAAAGGGGACACUCUGAAGAUUAUUGAGCGUUUGGACCACCUGGAGAAUGUCAUCAAGCAGCACAUCCAAGAGGCUCCUGCCAAGCCUGAGGAGGCAGAGGCUGAGCCCUUCACAGACUCCUCUCUGUUUGCACACUGGGGCCAGGAGCUCAGCCCUGAAGGCCGCCACAUGGCCCUGAAGCAGUUCCAGUACUACGGCUACAACGCCUACCUCAGUGAUCGCCUGCCCCUCGACCGGCCCCUGCCUGACCUCAGACCCAGUGGGUGCCGAAAUCUCUCCUUCCCGGACAGCCUGCCAGAGGUGAGCAUCGUGUUCAUCUUCGUCAAUGAAGCCCUGUCGGUGCUCCUGCGCUCUAUCCAUUCAGCCAUGGAACGCACCCCCCAGCACCUGCUCAAGGAGAUUAUUCUGGUGGAUGACAACAGCAGCAAUGAGGAGCUGAAGGAGAAGCUGACCGAGUACGUGGACAAGGUGAACAGCCAGAAGCCCGGCUUCAUCAAAGUCGUGCGCCACAGCAAGCAGGAAGGCCUCAUCCGCUCCCGGGUCAGCGGCUGGAGGGCAGCCACGGCUCCAGUGGUGGCACUCUUCGAUGCCCAUGUGGAGUUCAAUGUAGGCUGGGCAGAACCCGUGCUCACUCGCAUAAAGGAGAACCGAAAGCGGAUCAUCUCACCAUCCUUUGAUAACAUCAAAUACGACAACUUUGAAAUUGAGGAGUACCCGCUGGCCGCCCAGGGCUUUGACUGGGAGCUGUGGUGCCGCUACCUAAAUCCCCCCAAGGCCUGGUGGAAGUUGGAGAACUCCACAGCCCCGAUCAGGAGCCCUGCUCUCAUUGGCUGCUUUAUUGUGGAUCGGCAGUACUUCCAGGAGAUUGGCCUCUUAGAUGAAGGCAUGGAGGUCUACGGAGGAGAGAAUGUGGAGCUUGGGAUCAGGGUGUGGCAGUGUGGUGGGAGCGUGGAGGUCCUGCCCUGUUCGAGGAUUGCCCACAUCGAGCGAGCCCACAAGCCCUACACAGAGGACCUCACUGCUCAUGUCCGCAGGAAUGCUCUCAGGGUAGCUGAAGUCUGGAUGGAUGAAUUUAAAAGCCAUGUGUACAUGGCAUGGAACAUACCCCAAGAGGACUCAGGAAUUGACAUCGGAGACAUCAGUGCACGGAAGGCUCUGAGGAAACAGCUUCAGUGCAAGACCUUCCGGUGGUACCUGGUCAGCGUGUACCCAGAGAUGAGGAUGUACUCUGACAUCAUUGCCUACGGGGUGCUGCAGAAUUCCCUGAAGACGGAUCUGUGUCUUGAUCAGGGGCCAGACACAGAGAAUGUUCCCAUCAUGUACAUCUGCCAUGGGAUGACACCCCAGAAUGUGUACUACACCAGCAGCCAGCAGAUCCACGUGGGCGUCCUGAGCCCCACGAUCGAUGACGAUGACAACCGGUGCCUGGUGGAUGUCAACAGCCGCCCACGGCUCAUCGAGUGCAGCUACGCCAAAGCCAAGAGGAUGAAACUCCACUGGCAGUUCACUCAGGGAGGCCCCAUCCAGAACCGCAAGUCCAAGCGCUGUCUGGAGCUGCAGGAGAACAGCGACCUAGAGUUCGGCUACCAGCUGGUACUGCAGAAGUGCUCAGGCCAGCACUGGAGCAUCACCAAUGUCCUUCGGAGCCUGGCUUCCUGACCUCCAAGCUGCCAUCAGCCUCCCCUUUGCUACUGUGUAGCAUUUGCUGCAAUGUCGCCUGCUGUCCGCGUGGGGUUGUUUGGAGUCUGGGGGUGCCAGGUUAGUGGGCCCCCUCCACAGAGCUUUUUAUUUCCUAUCGAUUUUCACGGAGUUUAUAGAAAGAUGACGGGUGGUGGGUGAGGGUAUAAUAUCCUAAACUAUUUUGCAACUGUAAAUAGGGGACAUGGAAAAUAUUUAUAACUGACAAUAAAAUACGAUUGAUUAAGAAAAA